UUUAUACAGUCUUGUCUCUCUCUAGGACUCGAAUUCCUUGACACCUGGCCAUCGCGAAUACAAUCCAUACUUAUUAUGACUCAAUUAACCCCUGAGGAGAAGCACCAUUUAAUAACGAGGAACCUCGCCGAAUGGUUGGGUGACGACAAACUCAAGGCCAUUCUGAAGGAAAGAGAUUUGAAGCUUUACUGGGGUACAGCUACAACUGGAAAGCCCCACGUUGGAUACUUCACUCCAGUCUCCAAGAUUGCGGAUUUUCUCAACGCCGGAGUCGAGGUGACGAUUUUAUUCGCUGAUCUUCAUGCUUAUUUCACCCUGGGGAUUUGAAAGCUGCUGCUGAGGUAUACAUCAACCGACUCUUAGAUCCAAUCAGAAAGGAGUUCGAUGCUGAUCCCAAUCUGAAGAGCUUAAGCAGCAAAGCUUAUCCUCCGCCCCAAAAAGAAAAGAAGCAAGCGAAUAAACCAAAUGCUCCAUCAAAUCAAAAUACUGAGAUUGAGCCUUCGAGGCUUGAUAUUAGAGUUGGGAAAAUAGUUGAAGUGUCCAAACACCCCGAUGCUGACUCCUUGUAUGUUGAGAAGAUUGAUCUGGGUGAGGCUAGUGGACCAAGAACAAUUGUCAGUGGUCUAGUGAAUUUUGUUCCGAUCGAGGAGAUGAGAGACAGGAUGGUGGUGGUUCUGGCUAAUCUGAAACCAGCGAACCUUCGAGGUGUUGCUUCGCAUGGAAUGGUUCUAUGUGCCUCAGUAGAUGGGGAGGAACGAAAGGUAGAGCCCAUUCGUCCCCCACCCGAUGCAUCUGCAGGAGAUCGAGUGCUAAUAGAAAAUUACGAGAAUGGAGCUCCUGACGACGUUUUAAAUCCCAAAAAGAAAGUUUGGGAGAAACUUUCAGUGGAUCUCGUCGUUAAUUCGAAUGGGGAAGCUUCAUGGAACGGCAAUCUGCUACUCACUCCCUCCAAGGGAAAGCUCACUGCAGAUUCUCUCAAGAAUGUCCCCAUCAAAUAGACAACAAUUAAAUUAUAAUUGAGAUUUUGUUUUCUAAUCUCUUGAAAAAAGAAAAACGAUUUCUUCCAUAUGUUUG